GCCGGGUCUUUACUCACCAUAUGUCCGCCUUGUGCUCCCUGUGAGCGGGCAGCGGACCCCGCGAUUUACCGGUGACAUGGUCUCCUUGACAGCUCCGCUCCUCUUGCUGCUGCUGCCCGGCUGUCUGGCCCCUGUUCCCCGCACCGUCUACUCCAACCAUUGGGCUGUACGAGUGCCCGGGGGACCCGAGAGAGCGGCUCAGCUGGCUGCCAAAUACGGCUACCUGAACAUGGGGCAGAUCGGGAAUCUUGAGAAUUACUACCAUUUUUAUCACAGCAAGACCAUUAAGCGGUCCACGUACAGCAGCCCAGGAAGGCACAACUUUCUUCAGAUGGAUCCAGAUGUCGACUGGGUACAGCAGCAGCUAAUAAAGAAGAGAGUUAAAAGGCACCUUCGGCUAGACCCUAACCUUUUGUACUUUAAUGACCCCAUCUGGUCUAACAUGUGGUAUCUGCAUUGUAGUGAUAAGAGCAGCCGCUGCAGGUCCGAAAUGAACGUAAUGGCUGCUUGGCAGAGAGGCUACACUGGUAAAAAUGUGGUUGUGAGUAUCCUGGAUGACGGCGUUGAGAAAAAUCACCCGGAUCUUAUCCACAAUUAUGAUCCAUUUGCGAGCCAUGAUGUGAAUGGGGAUGAUCAGGACCCAAGUCCAAGAUAUGAUGCCAGCAAUGAAAAUAAGCAUGGCACUCGUUGUGCUGGUGAAGUGGCAGCAUCUGCAAAUAACUCCUACUGUAUUGUAGGCAUCGCAUACAAUGCAAGGAUUGGCGGAAUCCGUAUGUUAGAUGGGGAUGUGACAGAUGUUGUUGAAGCAAAGGCGCUGGGCAUCCGACCUGACUACAUUGAUAUCUAUAGUGCAAGCUGGGGGCCCGAUGAUGACGGCAAGACUGUAGAUGGACCCGGGCCUUUGGCGAAGAAAGCGUUUGAAGAUGGCAUUAAGAAGGGUCGUAAAGGAUUGGGUUCCAUCUUUGUCUGGGCAUCUGGAAAUGGUGGUCGUGAAGGGGACUACUGCUCCUGCGAUGGCUAUACCAACAGCAUCUAUACAAUCUCCAUCAGCAGCACCACAGAAAAUGGAUACAAACCAUGGUACUUAGAAGAAUGUGCGUCCACGCUGGCUACAACCUACAGCAGCGGUGCCUUCUAUGAGAGGAAAAUAGUUACAACGGAUCUCAGACAGAGGUGUACAGAUGAUCACACUGGGACUUCCGUCUCUGCUCCGAUGGUGGCUGGCGUUAUUGCUUUAGCAUUGGAAGCAAACCCAAUGCUCAACUGGCGAGACAUCCAGCAUAUACUUGUGAAGACCUCCCGAUCCGUCCAUCUCAGGGCCCCAGACUGGAGAAUAAAUGGAGCAGGACGUAGAGUCAGCCAUCUUUAUGGCUUUGGAUUGGUGGAUGCCGAUGCGAUGGUGGUUGAGGCGAAAAAGUGGAGGACUGUGCCACCUCAACAUGUGUGCAUUGGAGCAUCAGACAAACGACCAAGAUUUAUUAGAGCGGACCAGCUAAUACGAACGACCACUCAGACCAAUGCGUGCGCAGAUCACAGCGGGCAGCAUGUGGUAUACCUCGAACAUGUUGUGGUAAAGGUUACCAUCUCCCAUCCACGCAGAGGAGACCUGCAAAUAAACCUCAUUUCUCCAUCGGGAACAAAGUCACAACUUUUGGCGCGCAGGACGUUUGAUUACUCAAAUGAAGGCUUCAAGAACUGGGAGUUCAUGACUGUUCAUUGCUGGGGUGAAAAAGCUGAAGGGGAAUGGAUGCUGGAAAUGCAUGACAUUCCUUCCCAACUCCGUAAUCCUGAGACCCAGGGUAAGUUGAAGGAGUGGACGCUGAUUCUGUAUGGUACAGCUGAGCAUCCAUAUAACCCUUUCAGCUUUCAUCAUGCAAGAGCCAAAGCACUGGACUUAUCUGCUGGAGAUAUGGAGCCAUCUAAAGUGGCUUUCUUUCAAAGUCACUUGGAGUUUGAGGAAGAAGACGAGUAUUCAGGUCCAUGCCACAUGGAAUGUGGAGACAGAGGAUGCGAUGGGCCUGGUUCAGAGCAGUGUCUCAACUGUGUCCACUUUAGUCUUGGGAAUGUAAAAUCUGGCAGGAAAUGUGUGAGUGCGUGUCCAUUGGGAUACAUGGCAGAUGUUGCUAGCAGGAGAUGUAGGCGCUGCCACAGAGGAUGUGAAGCCUGCUUUGGUCGGGGACAGAAUCAGUGCAGCUCCUGCAAAAGAGGCUUCUACCUUCAACCUGAGAGCAAUACGUGUACAACAUCGUGUCCAGCGGGAGCAUAUUCUGAAGAAAGUCUCAGGAGAUGUCUCAAGUGUCACCAAAACUGUAAGAAAUGCCUUGGUUACCCCGAUAAAUGUGUGGUGUGCAGAGAUGGGUUCAGCCUUUCAGGGUCAAUGUGCGUGCCAGACUGUGAGCCGGGGACGUUCUUUAACGUGGCUUUGAUGAAAUGUGACAAGUGCCACGCAACAUGCCAGUCAUGUGUGGGAACUGGGAAAGAUCAAUGCACUCAGUGUGCCAAAGACUUUCAUCUUCAUGACUGGCGUUGCAUCCCCACCUGCAGCCAUGGCUUUUAUUCUGAUGAUGUGCCUGGGCUGCCACACAGAAUAUGCAGAAGGUGUGAAGAGAACUGCCUGAUCUGUGAAGCCACUGGGAAAAAUUGUAUUAAGUGCAAGGAGGGAUACAGCCUCCUCAGUGGGUCUUGUGUCACUAAUCACACCUGUAACAACGCUGACGAAAUGUUCUGUGAGAUGGUAAAGUCCAGCAAACUCUGCGAACGGAAGCUGUUUAUCCAGUUCUGCUGUCGGACUUGUAUGCUGGCAGGCUGACCUUACGAAGUGUCUUCUGCUUCCCACCAUGGUGCGACCGCUGCCAACAUAGUGUCCAGGAAAGCCACUUCUGGCAAUGGUGCUAUCCUGACUGUGUUAAUCCAUUUCAUAACCAAGGCUGACUUGCAACAAAUGGGUUAAAAGAGGCUGUCUGCUUGACUAUAACCCCCAAUGUGUUAUAUGGUAAAACGUUGGCCACAAGCAAUGUUUCUGGAAGAGAUUUCAAGCUUUGAUUUAAUUCUCCGAGCCCAGGCUGAUAAGAAGUCAUGUAUUAGCUGCCCAGUCUUCCUGUGCCCAUCUUUUAUCUGCCAGAACUUGAAGACUGAGUGACAAUAGAUAUUCCAGUAAAUUAUCAGAGGGAGCGGGCUGCAGCAUCCAUUUGGGGUGGACCUCUCCUUGUGCCAUUAUUCCCAGAAGGAGGAACCUGUGCUUUGCAUGUGAACAUUAGGGUGCUCGUAGGUUUCAGCCUGGAAGCCAGCCUUGUAUUUCUGACCAGUGUCAGGAGGCUGGACCUAUAUUACUGGUUUGGUAAGAUCACAUUCAUAGCUGCUAUCUACUUGGUCACGGUUUUGUAGGACACAUACGGAUUGUCACACUACACUUUAUUUUUACACACAAGGCUCACGUAAGGAAUAUUUCACCUCAGCACAAUUACCAGUAAGCGCACACCUCCAGCAUGAUAUGGCACUGGUGGGUCAUGGUUUCAAGAUUUUUUAUUUAUUUUUUUCCAUUCACAAUUUUAAAAAAAAACACACACAAGGUCUAUUGACACCCACAGGUAUGAAAAUAAGUAUUUUAGUAGUUGGUAGAUCUGGACACAGUAAGGUAUCACAUUGUCAGUGCAUGUUUUCACCACCGUGUCGGCUGCUUUCACGACUUUGGGGGUGUUGUCAGAUGCCAGCAAACCAUUACAAGAGGAGACUGCCUGUAUACACCCGAUCUAUCCACCGCCCCCCCCCCCCCCACCUGCCCUGACAUAAAAUAACAUGUAAAAGGACAUCCAGCAAAUACGUUUACUUUUAAUUGCUAUAUGCCACAUGCUCAGUGAUAAACAUCCACUGCUGUACGGUCUUAUAUCUACAGGAGUGCCACAGUUGACCGCGAUUUGUGGCUAAACUGCAGCAUUUCCAUGACUUGCAAGGGCUUCCGUAUUUCUCUAUGCAACGUGUGACUGUUGUCUUUUUUGGGAUUUUUACAAGUUCACUUGCGGCUUUCUUUCCCAUACAGAAACGCUGAAGGCCAUGAGUUGUGGCAAUGCUGCAAAUUCAGGGCAAAUUCCUGUAGCCAUGAAGUCCUGUCCUUAAAGGGGUUUUCCAGGGCUCGCUGAUUGAUGACCCAUCCUUAGGAUACGUUCAGCUUUGUUUUACUUGGGGAGAGCACUGCAGUAACCAGGCAUGCCCACUACACGUAUAUAUAACUCAUAGGGCUCCAUAGCAUACUGCGAGAAGAUUAAGAGCAGCACAAUUACCAGUAAAUAAAGAUAUAUUAUAAUAACACCAGAUUAUCAGAAAUACCACAUUAUAGCAAAAAGUUACUAAAUUGUUCACAAAAAUGUACAUUUUUGCACGUGAUGGUGCCCCCCAACCUCUCAGCCCCAUAGCCAAUGCUAUGGCUGUAGUUACACAAUGUAUGAAGCUUUAGUAAUUCCGGUCCACAGCUAGUAAAACAGCUGAUCGUCAGGGGCAGUGGGAGUCGGACCCCCACCAGGCUGAUACUGAUGACCCAUCCAUUUGAUAAAUCAUCAAUAAGAGUCUUGGAAAACCCAUUAAAUACAAUUUUUUUCAAUAUCUCACAUUCCAGUUGAUUGCAACUUCCUGCUCCUUCCAGGACAUACAUAAAGUGGUCCAGAAGGUUUGAGCGGGGAAAAAAAGAUUCCCUUUUAGUUAUUUUUAAUGUGUACUGGUUAGCAAAGGGGCAUACAUUGGGACACAGACAACCAUUUAAUGUUUACUGUUUAGAAAAAGGGCAUACAUUAAGUAAGAUACUGGUAACCAUUCUAAGAAAAUAAGUUAAAAAAACAUGGGCUGCUUUUUUUUUUUUUAUUCACCCCCACUGUGUUCUAUGGGCUGCAACCAAACCUCAUUCAAAUGAAUGGAGCUGAGCAGCAAUGCCAGCUCUUAGAAACCUUUAUCUGACCUCAGACCAUCUCUAAGCCUGCAAUGUCAUUGUAGGUUCAAGAAAUAGGAGUUCAGCAGUUUCCCUCCAUGUCACGUGUGCACAGACUUGUUAAAUGAGGCCUUUGCCAAACGUCUCCAUUGAAGAGAAUGUGUCACCAACAACUUCCCUAUCGGACUGUGUGUAUAGACGCAAAGUUGCUGUCGACCUGAUUUAAGAUGCUGUUUUUCUUUGGUUGAUCCAAGGCUCAGUUCCCGAGUUAAUUAUUCUCAGCAUGCAAAGUAGGCAUUUGGUGCAAUGAGGGCAUCCUUUCUGUGCACCCAACUCCCCUUCCCCGCUGCUUUAAUUUUAACAGAACCAGGCAGUGGCAAAGCAGCGAGGGAGGGUGUGACCAUAGAAAAGAGCAGAGAGCAAUGUUGAUGCCCUAAUUGCACCAGAGGCCUAAUUUGCAUAUUAAGAAAAAAAUAUUAUAACCCAGGAAUGAAGCCUAGGAUCAACCAGAAAAACAGCAUCGGGGGGAACCACAGCUAUGUGUCUAUGCAAAUAGUUGAAUGGGGAGGUCGCUUAUUACAGAUUCCCUUUAAUUUCGUUUCCUGAACCCCUCUGAGUGGGCAUGGGGGAAUAGAUGGGCAUUGGGUUACCUGCUUAAAGCUGAUCUAUAUAUAGUGGUUAGGUUUUACAUGACACUUAUCAGAGGAAAUAUAACUAACUGCAAGAUGAUAAACAAUUGUAUAAUACUAACCUGUAUUGUGGAAUUAACCCUUUCAUAUGAAAUAGAUUUUAAUACAAUAUUUUAACAUGGCUGUUCCAGGAAUGUUGUGAAAAAUAGAUUUGUAUGUAAUAUAUAUAUUUCAAAGGUCUGUCCUCCAUAUCAUGAUCUAUUAUACUGUAAGCAUUUUUUAGCCAGCACUGUUCUUUAUGCAAUAUAUUCUUUGUAAUAGAAACUAUGCCUGAAGAACCAUUGCCAAAAUUGUACAUAGGUCUUUUAGUAGCCUGUCUAGCAGCUGAAGCCUCUGCACGGCCACUAAAGGGGGUUAAAAGUUUUUAUGUAAAGUGUUUUCAAAUGCUCAAUGCUGUUUUUACAUAUUUUUUUUCCUUUAAAUUAUAAUGUCAAAGGCUAUUAUUUUUCCAUAAAUGUUUUUUGUAUCCAAAUGAUUUGGUGUUCAUAACUUUCAGGUUGGCAUUGUGUGCAUUAAUCAAACUGUACAUAUGUGUUGCAUGUGGUUUUUAUAGAAGUAUAUAUUUUAGAAGAUUGGCACAUUAUGUGCAGUCUACAUUUGGGAUAGCGGACGCCUGAAUUUCAGGACCUGUCUGCUGUCCACUGCCAUGUCCAUUUUAAUUAAUACUUAUAUUCCCCAAAAGGUAACAAUUCUGGGAUUGUUUAUAAGAAUCUGCACGGUCAUUCAUUUUUUUUUUUUAUUCCUCCCGGAAAUGAAUUGGCAACUGAGUGUUACUAUUCUGCUCAUCAAGCGGGUGAAAGUGUCAGACUGUGGCGGGAGAGACCCUAUUGACAAGUGACACAGUAACACCCAGUUGGUAAUUUAGGGUUUGGCUAAAUGGCAAACUUGGUCGUAUGACAGCUGUCGCACCCGAGGAUCACAGAGGAGCGAUGCUAGCAUACAAAUGACUGGCGUCUCGGCGCAACUCACACAUUGACCGCUACUUCAGAAUCGCACAAAAUCCAGCAGUGUUGGCAAAUUUCUAUGUGAUUCUGUGGUCGUGGCAAACAUGCAAUUGACGCUGCCACUUCAUUCAUUUAAAUGUUAGGAUUACUAUCCUGCACUCCCUCUGUGUUCCUUGGGUGCGACAGCUGUCAGGCGACAAAGAUUGGUGUGUAGCUGAAACCUAAUUCCUACAUUCCCAGAAGGAACACUCAAGAAAAAAGGUGCUCCAGAACUGAACCACUUGCAAACCAGCCGGGUCUUCAGAGGUGACCGUUCUUAAAGUCCACCUGAGCUGAUCCUCUAAUCCUUUAUUUUCCUAAUUUGGCAUUAGAUGCAUAGCCUCAGGUUCAAGCGCCAUUAAACGUGGGGCCACGUCUACCUUAUACAGAAGAGGAAAAAAAAUACUGAAAAUCUACACUCGUCCCACUUUUUUUUUUUUUUUUUUUAUACAACAGCCCUUAAAGUCAAUAAAACUGAAAGAACCUGAGGUUGUCCAAAGAUCUUC